AUUUUGUGCCCAAAACGCAAACGCAGAAUGGCCACGGUACUGUUUGGCGGUUCGGUGGAGCUGAUAAGGCCGCGAAAGCCUCGACCGUAACGCUGAGAGGCGUUAUUUACAUGCUCUUCGACAACUGCAGGAAGGACGUUAAAAAGACUAUCUUGCCCCUCGGCCAUGAAGAUCCUUCCGUCUAUCCUUGCUUCCGCACCUGUAUCGAGGCCCAACGUCCUCCCCUCCGGCAUAAUGUCGAUUUGGUGUGUGAUAGGCUCAAGGAUAUUCGCUGCGUCGUCUGUCCCAAGAAACCCGAGUCUUGCACUUAUCUAUUGACAAAGCUUGAGCUGUCAUUGUUGGAUGGCAUCAAGGAUGACAUUGAUUUUUGCGUGAAGCUGGCCAGAGAGGAAAACCUCGUGUUUCUUCCAGGAGAGGCUCUGGGGGUGAAGAACUGGAUGAGGAUAACUAUCGGAGUGGAAGCUCAUAUGCUUGAGGAUGCACUUGAGAGACUCAAGGGUUUCUGUACACGCCAUACCAAGAAAACAGAUACAGAAACUGAGUCACCUUCAAGCGUUGAAAAUGAGUGAUAGUGUCGGUAUAGUGGAUAUUACAUGGAUUGUACACGCCCCCAAUGUACGUACAAUGUGCCAGGGGGAUGUUCUUGUCAUAUUUCAAUGCCUUUCCCAUUCCCUUCUGUUUUAUUAUCUAAUCUAAAUUUCAAACCAAAUAAAAACUGUUGUAAACUUUUCAAAUAGCAUCAAGGAUCCAGUGUCUAGGGCCACAAUUGUUUACUCGUUA